ACGAAGUUUGCCCGCAUAAAGAUGUCGUCUGAUGAGGAAACCAUUCCAGAUGACGAUGGUCUGCCAUAUUUAGGAGAAUACGAUGGUGAAAGAAACGAACUGGAUGAACGACAUGGUUUUGGGCGAGCGAAGCUUCCCAACGGUGAUACCUACGAGGGAUAUUAUGAAAAUGGCAAGCGGCACGGGAAAGGAACCUACAGAUUCAAAAAUGGAGCGCGCUACGUUGGUUACUACAUAGAGGGCAAGAAAAAUGGUGACGGCGUGUUCUUAUAUCCAGAUGGUUCCAAGUAUGAAGGGUCCUGGAUCAACGAUUUACGAAGCGGCUUUGGUACUUACACUUACCCCAACGGAGACACCUACGAAGGGGAAUGGAUACAGGGGCGUAGACACGGCCAGGGAGUUUAUACGUACAAAGCAACCGGCUCGCGUUACGAUGGGAGAUGGUUCCAAGGCAAAAUGCACGAUGAAGGUCAACUCAUUCACUCAAACCACAGAUAUGUAGGUGAUUUUGAGGAAAACAAGCCAAGAGGCCGUGGGAGGUACGUUUUCGACUCGGGUUGCGAGCAGAUUGGAAAGUACGUAUGGAAAGAGAAGGAGAUUUUAAGCGAACAUGAAGAGGACGAACCUGAAAUUGUGAUUUUACCGAUGUGGGAGGGAAAAGAGAUUUGCUCAUUAACGGACGAACAGUGAUAACUCCUACACAGCACUUACUGCAUGCGAAUUUAUUUGUUUCAACAUACCAGACACUUUGUUAAUUUCGUAUAAAGAACAGAGUGUUUUCUACUCAGGCAGAUUAAAUCAAUUUUCAACUAAUCACAUUUACGCAAACUUGUGCUGUGUUGACCUGCUUUCUUAGCCAAGAAGAUCAAAUCUAUAUUUCAGCUGAUCCCUGUCGAUGAAGUCCAUUAAAAUUCUUAUUUCCGCGAGUUUUUUCUUCUUUUGUUCCUA